AUGCCAUCGUCACCGCCGCCGGCGGCGGCGGCACCACGAAGCCGUCGAUCCAAGAAAAAGACACGGACGUACCACGUGUCGGUGUUCUGGUUCAUGCCCGUCCCGCUGCUGGAGAGGGACUGGGCCGAGCUGCACCCGAACCUGAUCUCCUGCAUCCUCCACAAGCUCGACCAGGCCGAGCUCCUGCUCGGCGGCGUGGCCGGCGUGUGCCGUUCCUGGCGGCGGGCCGCCCGGGAAGAGCCGGAGUUGUGGCGCUGCAUCGAUCUCCGCGCCGGCCUGUGGUUCGUCCCGCCGUUCCACCCCAAGUUCAGCCUCGAGGCCAUGGUGCGGGCCGCCCUGCGGCUUAGCCAGGGCCAGUGCGAGGCCUUCCUGACCAACCUCGCCGACGACGAUAUCCUCCUCUUGCUCGCCAAGCAGUAA